AAAAAAAACAAUUGUCUUUGUUCAAAGAAGACAUGGUUAAUAACUUACUAAGAAUUAAAAUUAUAAAGGCUCAAUAUAGGCUUUUCAAUUAUACUUAAGCACUCAAAUUAGAUUUUUAAAAACACAAGACGAAAUGACGACAAUUAGGCCAUUUACAUGUGAAGAUAUGUUACAUUUUAACAAGGUGAACCUUGACCCUUUAACGGAGACUUAUGGUCUAUCUUUUUAUACCCAGUAUUUAGCACACUGGCCUGAAUUUUUCCUAGUUGCAGAAUCGCCCUGUGGGGAAAUUAUGGGAUACAUUAUGGGUAAAGCUGAAGGUCAUGGGGAGAAUUGGCAUGGACAUGUAACUGCCUUGACAGUCGGCCCAGACUAUAGACGAUUAGGCAUUGCAGCUACAUUGAUGAAUAUAUUAGAAGAAGUGUCAGAAAAGAAAAAAGCUUAUUUCGUUGAUUUGUUUGUAAGAGUAAGCAAUAAAGUGGCAAUAAAUAUGUACAAGAAUUUGGGAUAUAUAGUUUAUAGAACAGUGCUUGAAUACUAUUCAGGAGACCCUGAUGAAGAUGCAUAUGAUAUGAGGAAAGCAUGUUCAAGAGAUAUUAAUAAGAAAUCUGUUGUACCUUUAACACAUCCUGUUCGGCCUGAAGAUGUUGAUUAAUCUACUUUAAAAUAAAAAUAAAAUAAAUUUUUUGAUAAAUUUUA